UGUACUCUACCUUUUGGCUAAUAUUAUAUUCAGAAAUUUAUUAUUUAAGUGAACUGUCAAAACCAGAUGCAUGCGUUAUAUUUUAUGGAGCUGUUCGGUGUAAAGGUGAUCUCCAGUCACAAGCUCUUGAUGCUGCACGUUGUCCUCUGCUGUGCUCGGCCCAUCUCCACCAGUCUUGCCUUAACCCGGCCUCUAGCUCACUUCAGACCAUACAUGGACCCAGACCACAGCCGGCCCGUUGAGUGUGCUAUCAGAACCAAACUAACUAAUACAUUCAAGCCAGACCACUUAGAGGUCCACAAUGAAAGCCACAUGCAUGCUGUGCCCCCCGGAUCUGAGUCCCAUUUUCGUGUCCUGGUUGUCAGCUCCCAGUUUCAGGGUCUGCCACUAAUACAGCGCCACCGUAUGAUUAAUGAGGCUUUGAAGGAGGAGUUGAGCAACUGUGUUCAUGCACUGGCUAUCCAAGCAAAAACUCCUGAGCAGUGGGACAGUAACCCCACCCUGGCUAAGAGUCCACCCUGCAUGGGAGGUUCGAAAGGAGAUCACACAAUGGAGGAGAAACUGAAGGCCGGAAGGGAGUGAAAUGUAUUGAGCUGUGAAGAAUGCAGGUGGAUGCUUUGGGAGAGGUGCAAAGAUUUGUGUUUCAUUUGUAACUUUACAUAGUUGUAAUUCUUUGAAGCUUUUUGUUUUCCAUUUGUCCAUACAUGGUGUAUUAGCAGUCAGGAUCCUGUUGCAGUCUUCAGUACAAAAAAAGGUUUCUGUGAUGUCUUUCUUUCCAGUCAUAGUAAAACAUGCUGUAUUAGAAGGUAAAGCAAACAAAACAUUGUAAUCUCUUUUCACUACAGGUUGGAGUUAUUUUGCACUGUUGAAAAAUACAGUACAAGGACAGCAAAGAUUUUAAUUCUACAGUGUUCAUAGUCCCUGUGAAUUCAGACCAGUGGAGUAAAAUGCCUAUUUUACUGGCAGAGAAGGCCCUAUAUGUCAUUUAUGGUACCUUCUAGGCCUAUUAUGUUGGUGUGUAUAUCUGUAAGUUGCCUGUUUGGCUGUGUAGUAUUAUUUCAGACCAAAAGCUCAUGCCUGCAUUUAUACAAGUCAGUGAAAUUAAACUGUAUUGUUUAAAAAUUGAAAAUAAAUUUCUCCAAUUCAUGAUUUAA